CUAGUCCCGAUCUAAUCAAAAUGAGCUUUUGGGUGCUGCAUAAACCCUAAACCCACCCUAUCCCUAAACUUAAUCUGCUGAAUUCUCACGUUUUCUGGUUUAGAAGGUAAAUUUUUUUCUUCUUUUUCUCUCAUGUUUUUUUAUGCUCGAGGGUUCAAACAGUGUUAGCCUCCUCACCGUAGCCACCACCGAGCAGUCCUCAGCCCACCGUUGCAGGCGCCAACGAGAGAUAUAACUGGAGUGAUGAGAAACCUUGAAGAGGAUGAGAAUGGCGUGGAGGAAGAAGAAUUUCAGAAGAAAGAGAAGAGAAAGGGAAAGCACGAUAAACCGAAGCCAUGGGAUGAUGACCCUAACAUUGACCACUGGAAGGUGGAGAAGUUCGACCCUUCUUGGAACGAAGGUGGCAUGCUCGAAGUCAGUUCUUUCUCCACCCUCUUCCCUCAAUACCGCGAAAAGUAUCUCCAAGAAGCAUGGCCUACUGUCAAAUCUGCUCUCAAACAAUAUGGCAUCGCUUGCGAACUGAACCUUGUCGAGGGUUCCAUGACAGUUUCAACCACCAGAAAGACUAGAGAUCCCUAUAUUAUCAUCAAAGCUAGGGAUCUCAUCAGGCUUCUCUCAAGAAGUGUUUCUGCUCCUCAGGCCAUAAAAAUACUUGACGAUGAAAUGCAAUGUGAUAUCAUUAAAAUCAGUGGCUUGGUUCGCAAUAAGGAGCGAUUUGUAAAAAGGAGACAACAUCUUGUGGGUCCCAACUCUGCCACCCUAAAAGCUCUUGAAAUACUCACUGGCUGCUACAUUCUCGUCCAGGGAAACACAGUUGCUGCUAUGGGUUCGUUCAAAGGUUUGAAACAAAUCAGAAGGAUUGUUGAAGAAUGCAUGCUGAAUAAAAUGCAUCCUGUAUACAACAUUAAGAUUCUUAUGAUGAAGAAAGAACUUGAAAAGAACCCGGAACUUGCCCAGGAAAACUGGGAUAGGUUCCUUCCAAAAUUCAAGAAGAAAAACGUUAAGCAAAAGAAGUUUAACUCUAAACAGAAGAAAGCAUACACACCAUUCCCUCCACCACAACAGCCCAGCAAGAUUGAUAUACAAUUAGAAACUGGAGAAUACUUUUUAAGUAACAAGAGAAAAUCGGCAAAGAUAUGGCAAGAGAAGCGGGAGAAACAGGCUGAAAAAACUGCUGAAAACAAAAGGAAACGAGAAGAGGCCUUCAUCCCUCCCAAGGAGCCUGUAAACCCGGUGAAUAAAUCAGAGGAUGCUAACAAUAACGUAGCUGACAUUACAAAGUCCUUAAAGAAAAAAACAGAGAAGCUUGGGAAGCGAAAAUCUGAAGAAAAUCUAAAUGCGGAGACAUAUAUUAUGGGAUCCUCAGAACACGCAUCAGGAAAGAAAUCCAAGAAGCAAAGGUCUUCGGCGUAAUCUUCAUUUUGAAUUUUAUAUAUUUUUUAUUUUUAUUUAAAUAUUGUAUUUAAAUUAAUUUUAGUUUAAAUUGUUGUAUGUUUUUGUUUACUUUAUCUAACUAUUUUAUGCUCCCUAAAACCUAUGCUCAAUGAUUCACAACCAACAUAUUUUGGUUUGUUUGGUGACCAA